CCAUUAUUUCAAUUUAGAUUUCAGGUAAAUGUAAAAAUGACGACGGAAUCAACAUGACUUAAUUGUGACAGCUUACAUUAAGUUGACAAUGUAUUGCCUGCGAUAGAAUCCAUAAUUUCAUUAAAUCUUGAAGGUGUUGAGAAUGGACGCUAUUACUGUAUCAUGGCUUAGAUUGUUUCUGGUAUCGUUUUUCGAAUUCAUCAUCGAUGCAAAGGACUGUUUGAAAAAUGACGACAUUGGAUGGCGUGAGGGUAAUAUCUACAAAUGCAAUGACCAAACAAAGUCUGAAUGUUGUGAAAAGGACCACAGGUUUACCUGUUGUGAACCAGCAAGAGAUACUACAUUACGUGAACAAUUUCAACUGUGGGGUGUAGUGGCAUUCUUCAUAAUGAUUAUAUUUAUCAUCUACAUGUAUUUGAAGAAAGAUGUCGAAAUUUUUACUAGACCUACAUUGAAAGACAGCAUACUGUCACUUGUGAGAGCAAAAAAAAGACAAAGCGAUGGAGCAACAACCACUGAAAGGUCCAACAGAAAUGAUUCUACUACUUACACAAGAACUGGUAUUAAGAACAAACCCCAUUUAAAUGAAGACGACGACUCUUGUUGGUCCGAUUCACAAUCUGACUUUGAAAUUGAACCAGCGAACGGAAUGUCAUCAACAGAAAAUGAUGGAAGCCCACAUGUAUCGUAUACGGAAGCAGUCUCGCUAAACCAACAAAGUAAAAUGGAAAUUCAAAAUAAAAACAGAGCUUAAAUUAAAAUGUAUUAUCAUUGACGAAAGUUAGAACAUUGCAGUUUUUUGGUUUACAUUUUACAUAAUUGAAUACCAAUCUUUAAUCUAUUUUACAUUCUGAAAAGAAAUGAUAUAAUGUAUAAUCUCAAGAUACAGAUUUCCACGUAACGUUUAGCAUGUUUAGCAACAAACACCAAUCUAUCAAGAUACCAAAUACCUACAAGGAUUAAACGGUCAAAUAAAGAAAAGAAAGUAAACUCAUGAUAUAUUCCAGGAUUGAAAUCAUGUAUUUGUACAAAACACGCAUUGCGUCUA